UGAUUGUUCAUAAAUACCGAGGUGCCGUUGGACACGGAUUGUUAAAUUACCAGAGCAGCAGGUUUAGGCAUACAGAAGUAUUUAAACAUUAGGUGACUUUAACAUGUAUUCAAACAAUAUUGGUGGGCCGUGUAGAGGAAGAUCUUUUGAUUCUAUGUACCUGUGUUUUGAAGAAACGCGCCAAAACAAUGAGGUUGAAGAGAACAAAGACAACAGGAAUGUAUCCUCAGAAAACGGACACGCAACACUUGCAUUAUCCCUGAAGAAUGAAGCUGGGGGCUUGCUGAAGACGCUGAAGCUUUUCCAGGAAAAGCAGGUAAAUUUAUUCCAGAUCUCAUCCAGAAAAUCGAAGAGACGUAACUCUCAGGUUGAGAUCGUUUUGGACUUCCACAGCAACCAUGAGCAGUUAAACGAGAUUGUCCAUUUGCUGCAAAAUCAGAUGAACAUAGUGGACGUGGACUCGCCUAACAAAUCCUGUUUUCUUGAAGAAGAUGUUCCCUGGUUCCCCAAAAAGAUCUCGGACCUGGAUAAGUGUUCCACCCAUGUGCUAAUGUACGGUUCAGAUUUGGAUGCUGACCACCCGGGCUUCAAGGACAAUGUCUACCGCGAGAGGAGGAAGCACUUCGCUGAUAUAGCCAUGAGCUACAAACACGGGGACCCCAUCCCUCGCGUCCAGUUCACUCGGGAGGAGGUGAAGACGUGGGGCGUGGUCUUCCGGGAGCUCACCCAGCUGUACCCCGCCUACGCCUGCCGGGAGCACGUGAGAAACCUGCCGCUGCUGUCUCAGCACUGCGGCUUUCGCGAGGACAACAUCCCGCAGCUGGAGGACGUCUCCCGCUUCCUCUGGGAGCGUACUGGGUUCACCAUCCGGCCCGUGGCGGGCUACCUCUCACCCCGAGACUUCCUGGCCGGUCUGGCGUUCCGGGUUUUCCACUGCACCCAGUAUGUGCGGCACAGCUCCGACCCGCUCUACACCCCUGAGCCGGACACAUGCCAUGAGCUGCUGGGCCACGUGCCUCUCCUGGCAGAGCCCAGCUUUGCCCAGUUCUCCCAGGAGAUGGGCCUGGCGUCUCUGGGCGCCUCUGAUGACUCUGUCCAGAAGCUGGCUGCGUGCUACUUCUUCACAGUGGAGUUUGGCCUGUGCAAACAGGACGGAACAUUGAAAGCCUACGGAGCAGGAUUGCUAUCGUCCAUCAGUGAGCUGAAGCACGCCCUAUCUGGGAAUGCCACGGUCAUGCCCUUUGACCCCAGGAUCGCGUGCAGGCAGGAAUGCAUCAUCACCACCUUCCAGGAUGUCUACUUCGUGUCGGACAGCUUCGAGGACGCCAAGGUCAAGAUGAGGGAGUUUGCUAAGAGCAUCAAGCGGCCCUUCACGGUGCGAUACAACCCUUACACCAGGAGCGUGGACAUCCUGAAGGACACUUCCAGCAUCAUCGACGUGGUGGAGGAGCUCAAAUACGAGCUGGACACUGUGGCUGAUGCACUUCGUCGGCUGAAUAAACAGGGCGUCUGACUUCCUGACUAACCACCCCAGUUUCCUACAAUACCCAGGUGUCCGAGCGACAGAAUAUACAAAUCCCAGGUGCCCGAGUUGCAGAGUACUACAAAAUCCAGAUCUUCUAUUGGUUGAUAACUGGCGGCACCUAUGUGUCCAAUGACGGAGAGCUACAAAACCGAAGCGUCGUAGUGGCAUGGAUUACUAAUAAUAAUGAUAAUGGAUUACAUUUCUAUAGUGCUUCUCUCACUCAAAGAGCUUUACAGUGAUGAGGGGGGAACUCAGCGUUAUGCGUAGCAGCCACCUGAGUAACUCAUGCUAGUCGAGGUGGGGGGAAGAUAUCGAUACAGUAUAGUAUUGCAAUACUUUUUUCCUGCAAUACAGUAUCAAUACAGUGGCGCCAAGUAUCAAUAUUUAAUCUAAAUAUAUGCACAUUUUGUAAUGCUUGUUAUUUUUUUAUGUUAUGAUUUUAAUGCAUGACGUAGAGGUGAAGAACCACCCUCCACGGAAAUCUUUGCAAUCCUGUAACUGCACAUCUCAUAGAUUAUCAUAUUUAUACCAUUUACAAAAAUUAAAACAAGAGAAUUAACUUUUUUAUAAGUUAUUUGCAAGAGAAUUGCUGUUUCCCUGGCAACAUAUGAGAGUCAGACUAAUAUCCGGAAAACAAUCACAAUCACAGCCAUCCCAUAAUCAACAUUAAGUUUACAAUACAAUUGAAACGUUACUUCACAGUUAAUAGCCCAAACCGUAGAUACUAACUAGCAACCAGACACUCAUUCUAGUCCCUCUAGUUCUUGACAAGUGGCAAGCCAGCGCUUGGCUUGCUAGGCUUGCUGUCACUUGCGUAACUUAGUAUUAAAAUUAAAUUUGAUCUUGUCAGUUGGUCAAUAUUGUCUCACGUUUAUGUUUUCCAGCGUGGAUAGCUAGCUAGCCAUCUACUCCAUUGACUCCAAAACCGCAGCUAUACGGUUGUAGCAAAACGAUCUUCAUUCAGUUGAGCACCUAUGUGAUGACACUACAUUGUACAAAUAUGGCACGUGUUUACACUAAACUGCUUAGCCAGCUCAGUGUUGAUGUAGCUAAGAUACUCAGUGUAAAACAAGUGUUAUUACAUGUUACGCAUGUGCUGUCUGAAACUGCAGAUUGUCUACAACUGCUGCUCGUUUAGGACUGCUGACAUUGUGGCGCUGCAAUUGCAAUUGAGUGAUUAUUUCUGUUGCUUAUUAUCAUUUUUUCCCAAAAUGUAUUUAUUGAAAUUAAUCAGCACUGCUGAAGGGACCCUAUGUUCCAGAACUUUUUAUUUUCUUACAGGCUGCUAUGUGUUCUCUGUGUUCAUUUGCAAAGUAAAUGUUUUUAGUGAAA